AGAUGUGCUAAGUUAGCCACGCUGACUGGCCUCGGCGGCUAUUAUGAUCAGGUGGCCCAAAGUCAAAUGCGGGCAGCUGCUCCUCCGUGACCCCCACCAUCAGAGGGGCCCCAGAGGAUUAUCACAUGCGCUGGGGCGACAGCUUGCUGCUGCUGGCUCGGGCCCGGUACUGACAUGUGCACUGAAUAAACAAAGACCGGCCGCGUCUGGCACGCGAGCAUUGUUGCAUGUACAUUCCUCUCCCUUCAGCACCCUCGUCAAGUCUGCAGCUCGAGAUCGCAUCAUGGCGUCGUCGGAGGAAGUCUUCGUGGGCAGCAUUGACCAGGGCACGACCAGCUCGCGGUUCUUGAUCUUUGACAAAGCAGGAGAGCCGGUUGCUGUGCAUCAGGAAGAGUUCAGCCAGAUCUAUCCCAACCCAGGCUGGCACGAGCAUGACCCGGAUGAGAUUGUCCAGUCGGUGCAAAAUUGUAUCGAAGGCGCCUUGAAGAAGUUUGAGCAAGACGGUCACUCCAAAGACAGCAUCAAAGCCAUUGGAAUCACCAACCAGCGCGAAACCACAGUCGUAUGGGACAACAAGACCGGCGAGCCCCUCUACAAUGCCAUUGUCUGGACCGAUACGAGAACAGCUGCUCUCGCGCGCGAGCUGAAAGCACGUCCAGACAGCGACAAGCUCACCGAUGUCUGCGGUCUUCCCAUCUCCACAUAUCCAUCUGUCACCAAACUGCUGUGGCUUCUCAAGAAUGAAGAGAAAGUGACAAAAGCGUAUGAGGCUGGAACACUGGCGUUUGGCACAAUCGAUGCAUGGCUCAUAUACAAGCUCAACGGCGGGCCUACUAACAACGUCUUCGUCUCCGACCCCACAAAUGCCAGCAGAACCAUGUUCAUGGACAUUCACAAGCUCAAGUACAGCGAGCAAAUGCUCGACUUCUUCUCCUACGAGUUUGACGUUCGGAAGAUUCACCUACCCGAGAUCGUGCCAUCUUCUGAUGCGAAGGCUUUCGGAAAGAUAGACUCGGGAUCACUCAAGGGCUGGCCUAUUAUGGGAUGUCUCGGUGACCAGUCAGCAGCUCUGGUCGGACAAAAGGGGUUCGAGCCAGGUGCGGCAAAGAAUACAUAUGGCACUGGAUGCUUCUUGCUAUACAAUGUUGGUGAGAAGCCUGUCAUUUCCACUCAUGGGCUGCUGGCAACAGUGGCGUACGACUUUGGCACGCCGGUAUACGCACUCGAAGGCAGUAUUGCAGUGGCAGGCUCAGGAGUGAAGUUCCUCAUGGAGAACCUUGGCUUCAGCCACGCAAGCCACAAAAUCACCGAGCUUGCAGAGCAAGUUCCUGAUAAUGGUGGCCUGGUCUUUGUGACGGCUUUCAGUGGCUUGUUCGCACCUUACUGGAUCGAUGAUGCUCACGGAACGAUGUUCGGUAUAACACACCACACCAAACGCGGACACAUUGCUCGUGCUACACUCGAAGCUGUUUGCUUCCAAACGAAAGCCAUCCUCGAUGCCAUGGAGAAAGACAGUGGACACAAACUGGCUGAACUCAAGGUCGAUGGCGGCAUGAGUAACUCGGCCUUGUGCAUGCAAACCCAAGCAGACCUCGUACGAAUUCCCAUUGUGCGACCGAAGAUGAGAGAAACGACUGCACUUGGUGCUGGUAUCGCUGCUGGUUUCGCUGCAAAGGUAUGGAAGAGCUUCGAUGAGCUAAAGGAGAUCAAUACUGCUGGUGAGACGAAAUUCGAGCCUGCAAUGGAGGAGGCAGCAAGUAAGAAAAUGUUUAAGAAGUGGGAGAAGGCUGUGUCUAUGAGUAGGGGCUGGCUCGCGGAAGAAGAGGCUGAGGCUGGGCAUAAGGAGGAGGCGAAGGAGAUUAGUGAAGGCGCGGCGAAGAAUGAGGAGGCAUCUGAAGUGUAAGUCCCAGCACGCGGGAGCUAGAAGGAGGAUGUUGUUUCGGGCG